UUAGUUGUAAAUUCUAAAUAAUAAACGUUUUAUAUAUAAACAUCAAUAAUUAUAAACCUGACGAGAAUGUGCCAGGAAAAUGCUGUAAAAAGAUAAUAAGCACUGUAGUUGAUUUCAGCUAACACUGAAAUGUCUAAUUGGAUUAAAAGUGUUCUAUUUACAAGAUCCCGAUGAAUUCGAUUAUUGCGUUAUAAAUAAGAAAUUAUAAGUGAAAAGCUUCAUUGAAAUGCGGUGCAGUGUGCAAAACUGUUUCAACGACACAAAACGAACUACCAAAAGCCAUGGGAUAACCUUUCAUUUGUUUCCCAAAGAACCACAUCUCCGGACAGCCUGGAUGGAGGCACUAGGCAUGUCGGACUGGGAGCCAAAAGACCGCAGCACAAUAUGCUCGGAGCACUUCCGGAAUGACGACUUUUAUGAGACCCGUUGCGGGCUGCGGAAGAUCAAGAAUGGGGCUGUGCCUGUGUCUGCACAGGAUUUGGCCAAUGACCUAGACGCACCAGCUGCCUUAAGGGUGUGCAGGAUAUGCCUGGCCACCGAAUGCAAGAUGUUCAACAUUCGGGAUCACAAGCUGGAGCAGGCCUUCACCGAAGUCAGCGGGAUGACUAUGAGUGAGGAAGAUAAACUGCCACAGCGUCUCUGCUGGGAGUGUGGGCACAGACUGUUGACAGCGGCCAGGUUCAAGAGCAAAGUCCUCAGAGCUCAUGAUCUGCUCACCGGCCUGCCGCACGCAAGUCCAUACAUCACAAUACGCGACAUUCGCUCAAUAAACCGCCGUCAGAACCAACUAAGAUCUCAUCUAAUAUAUAAACAUUUUGAUCCCAACGAUUUCCACAUACAUUUCAAUGAUGAUCAAAUAAUCGUCAAGUCAGAAAUCAAGGAAACUGAGGAAGUAGAAGAAAAAGUUCCCCCUAUAGCUGAAGUUGAAAUUAUCAAAGACGAGAAAAAUAAUACUGAACUGUUCUAUCAAGAAUUCGAUAAUUAUGAUGAUAAUUUUAAUGAUAAUGAUAAAUAUAAUAAUGAUGCAAGUAUAAAUAAUGAUAAUAACGAAGUUAAUGAAGAUAGCGAUGAUAAAGUGUUAAGUGAAGUACAUGUGAAGAAGAAGCGGAAAGUGAAAAAGGUUAAAGUGAAGAAAAAAGAGAAAAUAGUGAGGAAAAAGGAUGAAGAAGAUAAUCCAAUGACUACCAUGGAUAAGUACAAAAACUCAGACGUGAAACGCCGCAAGACAACCGACGGCCUAGACGAAUCACUCUUCACAAUCACAACUCUGAGCUAUGACGAACAAAUCGCAGAGAUACAGAAGCGACAGGAGAGCACUAACUACAAGAGUGCGCCUUACAAGUGUGGAGUCUGUUAUAGAGGGUUCCUCGUUCGGGACAGAUAUGACGCGCACGUCGUGAGGCACAGUGAGCAAUCCGGAGCAUACGAGUGUUUCAUAUGCAAGAGCCGGCUUAAGAGCGCGCGAGCGCUGAGGAAACACCUCACAGCUCAGCAUACGGAGAAAUUCAGCUGUAAGGGAUGUCCGUUCGUCACUAGGAACAGGGGAGUCGCGAGAGAGCAUGAAAAAUGGCACGCCGGCACCAAAUACCAAUGUCCACACUGCCCAAGCGAGUUCGAUAAGCUAACAACAUACAUGGGCCACAUAAGAAUAAAGCACGUGUCAGACUUCGUGUGUGAACUGUGUGGCUACACAUUCGUCAGUAAAAAGGGCAUCGAUGUUCACAAGAAGAAGAAACACCGACUACAGGAUAAGACGGUGGAGUUAGAAGGCCCUUACUGCGAGACGUGCGAGGUGCGUUUCGUUUCAGAAGAGGCUCACGCGCGACAUCUCAAGCUGUCGUCGCGACAUAGCAGCGACAGCGACCCGAAUCGCAUCCGCAACGACUCGCAAAGCAUAAACGCGGAGAAGAACGGGCGCGUGGUCCGCCGAGUGGAGAGGAGGCCCGUCAUCCACGCGCGCGACGGAGCAGAGAGGCAGGACGCCGCCGGGCCCGUCACUUGCGAACAGUGCGGCGUCCAACUACGUGAUCUAAGACUGUACGCGCAGCACUUCCGCCGCGCGCACCCCGACAAGAAUCGAACCAAGUACCCCGCAAUGAAGACACCCUGUAUGUGCGAGCAGUGCGGACGCAUCUUCCAGAGUAUGGCCCUCCUAAAAGACCACAUGUGGGUUCAUACCGGCGAGAAGCGUUUCAAGUGCGACCGGUGCGAGAAGAGCUUCACGCAGAAGACCAACCUGGUGUUCCACAUGAGGGUGCACAGCGCCUCCAGGCCGAGCUACGAGUGCCCUUUAUGUGGGAAACACUUCGCCUUCUUCAACAAUCGGCGGAGGCACAUGUUUAUCCACACCGGGCUAAAACCCUUCAAGUGCGAAACAUGUGGCAAAUGCUUCACGACCGCUGGCGAGCAACGCGCGCACGUCGAACACGUGCAUCUGAAGAAGCCGUGGCCGAAACGUCAGAGGCAUCGCGAGGCGGAGCCCGCGCCGUGGCAGAAAUGCCUCGACCCUAUGGAAGACUAGACCUAUGAUCUAUCAUAGAGGAAUAAGUAAGGAACUUGAAGUUGUAACUCCAUACAUUAGUAAAUGCGAGUUAUUUGUAGUGACAUCUAGCGUCAUCCACGCGUCAAAUAGCGUAAAUUAUCAGUACUGCUACUUG